AUGCAAGUGAAUGUGAAGGGAAAGCACGGCUCACAUCCCUAUCGCUACAAACGACUGUUGACCGCAUUCACUAAACUAAUCACGAAAGACAAACAGCACACCUUCAUCGAGACCGACACUGUGCGAUAUGUAUAUCAGGCUCUUAUGGAUAAACUGUAUUGUGUUCUCAUCACUACUAAGACAUCAAACAUUUUGGAAGAUUUGGAAACUUUGAGACUGUUUGUGCGAGUAAUCAACGAAUACACGUCUUCGCAGACAAAAGGGUCGUCGGAUGAACUGGCGAUCAGUGAAAAUGCCUUCACUUUGAUCUUUGCUUUCGAUGAAAUCGUGGCGUUAGGAUAUCGAGAGAGCGUUAAUAUGUCUCAAGUGAGGACUUUUAUCGAAAUGGAUUCACACGAGGAGAGAGUGUUUGUGGCGGUGCGACAGACACAGGAACGGGAGGCCAAACAGAAAAUGCGAGAAAAGGCCAAAGAGUUGAGUAAAUUGCAGAAAACACAGCAAAACGAAAGACUCAAAUCGAUGACCGGUUCGAUGAAUAAUAUGUCGAUUAAUAAUGCUUUAAGUGAAGUGAAAGCGGAGACUAAUAUUCCUGAGCGCACAUCAGCUCCGAUGGCCUCUAACAUGAGGCCAAAGGGCACUUCUAAGGCUUUAAAAUUAGGCUCCCGUUCGGGACAAACCAUGUUUUCUCCCAACACUGAAGAGCAACUUGUGUCCACUCAAGUGACCACUCAAUCGAUUGGUUUGGAUUUGAAGACAAGUGAUUGUAUGGAAGAGUUGGUGCAAACGGUUGAGAUGUCACACAUUCCCGUCUCCAGAGAUGAAGCCAGUGAUGAUUUGGUGUCCAAUAGGGGUCCCAAUAGAUCCAAACAGUGGAGGAAUGGCAACCAAAGCCAAUCCGGCGGCACUCGACGUGUGGCCGACUCGGAGUUCACGUCAAUGUCCGGUCAGAGUCCGCAACGACUGGUCCGCACGGAUGACACCGGCGAUGACAACUGUUGGGAGCGCUCGUCGGUCGGCGGCAGCCAUACGCCCGACACUCAGAUGGAAGAGGAGGAAGAGCUGAAGUACGGCGCGAAACAUGUGAUAAAGCUAUUCAUUCCCGUCAGUAUCUGUAUGUUUUGUGUGGUCUUUACGAUGAACUCCAUAUCCUUCUACUCGUCAACCAAUGUAUAUAUGGUUUACACGCCAUUCACGGACCAAACGGUGGACACGACGACCAAAGUGUGGCAAUCAUUCGCCAACGCUUUCAUUUUGAUGGGAGUAAUCGUUGUGAUGACUAUUGUAUUGAUAGUGUUAUAUAAGUUCCGAUGCUAUCGAGUGAUCCACUCGUGGCUAAUAAUCUCAUCAUUAAUGCUGUUAUUCUUGUUUACAUUCAUAUAUAUGGGAGAAGUGUUGAGAGCCUAUAAUAUAGCCAUGGAUUACAUAACAGUUGCGCUCUUCAUGUGGAACUUUGGUGUCGUGGGAAUGGUUUGCAUUCACUGGAAGGGACCGCUUCUCCUCCAACAGACAUAUCUCAUCCUAAUAUCAGCCCUAAUGGCACUCGUGUUCAUUAAAUUCCUCCCCGAUUGGACCACUUGGGUAGUGCUCGGAGUGAUCUCUGUCUGGGAUCUCGUGGCUGUUCUCUGUCCUAACGGUCCGCUAAGAAUAUUGGUAGAGACGGCACAGGAAAGGAAUGAAACGAUAUUCCCGGCCCUUAUCUACUCAUCAGCGGUGGCCUACUAUGUGGGCGCAGCCGUUGACGACAACGCCGAUGACACCAAUCAUCAAAGAGGGGAUAACUCGCCGACACAAGCGUUGCCCGAAGUGAGGUUUACGGACCCGAGAGGACCCAUUGCUAUUGGAAACGAGUCGUCGACACAAAUAUUGAAUUCAGAAGCCAUGGAAGACGAGAGAGGAGUGAAACUGGGUUUAGGAGACUUCAUAUUCUACAGUGUUUUGGUGGGAAAGGCCUCCUCUUAUGGCGACUGGAAUACAACUUUGGCCUGUUUUGUGGAAUUCACUUGCAUUACGCUUACAAUCGAUAACUAA